GUCUCGCCGGCGAACAUCACUUAAGCCUGACGGCAGGAAGGAGGCACAAUUACAAGAGGAGGAGUCAAACGGUUUUGGAGCAGCAGUGGUCCAGAAGAAGAAGAAGAAGAGUCCCAUCCGAACCCCUUAAACUUCACAAUCCAAACAUGGAGCGCAAAAUCCCGGACUUUUCUGGCACUUGGGAGAUGAAAAGCUCUGAGAACUUCGAGGAGCUUUUAAAGACAAGUGGCGUUAACGUGAUGCUCCGCAAGAUUGCAGUGAAGGCGGCCUCCAAGCCAUUGGUGGAGAUCACGCAGGACGGAGAGACGAUGUCCAUUAAGACCUCCACCACCGUCCGGACCACCCACAUCACUUUCACCGUGGGACAGGAGUUCAACGAAUCUACCGUGGAUGGGCGUCCUUGCACGAGUUUUCCACGUUGGGAGACGGACAGCAAGAUCAGCUGCGAGCAGACCCUGCAGAAAGGGGAGGGGCCUAAAACCUCCUGGACCCGGGAAAUGACUAACGACGGCAAGCUCAUCCUGACCAUGGGCGCCGACGACGUGGUCUGCACCAGGGUCUACGAGCGCCAAUGAACAAGAGCACUUCUCACUUUGGGUCCUUCCAGUCGGACUUAUUCCUGCAUCAUCAGGACAACCCCAGGAGAUGUCAACCUGUAGUUCGCUUUUAUUCCCAUAACUAUUAGCGUCAUCAUUUUGUCUUGCGCUCCUUCACCAUUUUUAUAGAUCAAAUUGAAAUACACUAUAUUGCCAAAAGUAUUUGGCCACCUGCCUUGACUCACAUAUGAACUUGAAGUGCCAUCCCAUUCCUAACCCAUAGGGUUCAAUACGAUGUCGGUCCACCUUUUGCAGCUAUUACAGCUUUAACUCUUCUGGGAAGGCUGUCCACAAGGUUGCGGAGUUUGUUUAUAGGAAUUUUCCACCAUUCUUGCAAAAGCACAUUGGUGAGGUCACACACUGAUGUUGGUGGAGAAGGCCUGGCUCUCAGUUGCCGUUCUAAUUCAUCCCCAAAGGUGUUCUAUCGGGUUCAGGUCAGGACUCUGUGCAGGCCAGUCAAGUUCAUCCACACCAGACUCUGUCAUCCAUGUCUUUAUGGACCUUGCUUUGUGCACGGGUGCACAGUCAUGUUGGAAGAGGAAGGGGCCCGCUCCAAACUGUUCCCACAAAAUUGGGAGCAUGGAAUUGUCCAAAAUGUUUUGGUAUCCUGGAGCGUUCAAAGUUCCUUUCACUGGAACUAAGGGGCCAAGCCCAACUCCUGAAAAACAACCCCACAGCAUAAUUCCUCCUCCACCAAAUUUCACACUCCUACCACUCCGUGGCUGAGUUGCUGUUGUUCCCAAACUCGUCCAUUUUCUUAAAAUAAAGCCGACGGUUGACUUUGGAAUAUUUAGGAGCGAGGAAAUUUCACGACUAGAUUUGUUGCACAGGUGGCAUCCUAUGACAGGAAAUCACUGAGAGCGGCCCAUUCUUUCACAAAUGUUUGUAGAAACAGUCUCCAUGCCUUAGCGCUUGAUUUUGUACACCUGUUGCCGGGGCCAAGCCCAACUCCUGAAAAACAACCCCACACCAUAAUUCCUCCUCCACCAAAUGCCACUGAAUUUGUUGCACAGGUGGCAUCCUAUGACAGUUCCACGCUGGAAAUCACUGAGAUCCUGAGAGCGGCCAAUUCUUUCACAAAUGUUUGUAGAAACAGUCUCCAUGCCUAAGUGCUUGAUUUUAUACACCUGUGGUCAGGGGCAAGCCCAACUCCUGAAAAACAACCCCACACCAUAAUUCCUCCUCCAUCAAAUUUCACGACUGGAUUUGUUGCACAGGUGGCAUCCUAUGACAGUUCCACGCUGGAAAUCACUGAGAGCGGCCCAUUCUUUCACAAAUGUUUGUAGAAACAGUCUCCAUGCCUAAGUGCUUGAUUUUAUACACCUGUGGCCGGGCCAAGUGAUUAGGACACCUGAUUCUCAUCAUUUGGAUGGGUGGCCAAAUACUUUUGGCAAUAUAGUGUAUGUCAAUCGCCUUGUCUGACUUUUUUCGCUGUGUGUGUGCUUUGUGAGAUGUGAGCUGCCAGGUUCUUUGGCCCUUUUGACUCCAACUUUUUUCCUGUGAUAUUUAUUACUACACUAUAGUACUGCCAAGGUUUCUAACUAGUGUCUCCCUUGUACGACGUGAUCAUUUGAAGCAACCUUUUCUAUGGCAAAACAAUAAAGCAGCAACUUUGUCUUUGAACUUGAAGUGGAAGCAGAACUAUCUUUUUUUUUAGGUUUUGUCUCAGAUUCCUGUAACUGGAAUAUUUGCCUGUGCCCUCCUUUUACACUCUGCCAUUCAUCUCUGUGCCACAUUCCCUCCAGCCUGUGCCGUGUUCCAAGAAGGCAAACAUUUCCAUUGCAACAUUUUCCCCCGUCUUCACUCUUGUCACACAGUUCUCUAUAUACCGGAGGAGGGGGCUGAAGUUGAGGGGUCAGAUCCCGGCAGGAAUAACACAUUGAUACAACGUUGAUUAUACAAGACCCAAAACCUGUGAAGUUGGCGCUUUGUGUACACUACCGUUCAAAAGUUUGGGGUCACAUUGAAAUGUCCUUAUUUUUGAAGGAAAAGCACUGUACUUUUCAAUGAAGAUAACUUUAAACUAGUCUUAACUUUAAAGAAAUACACUCUAUACAUUGCUAAUGUGGUAAAUGACUAUUCUAGCUGCGAAUAUCUGGUUUUUGGUGCAAUAUCUACAUAGGUGUAUAGAGGCCCAUUUCCAGCAACUAACACUCCAGUGUUCUAAUGGUACAAUGUGUUUGCUCAUUGGCUCAGAAGGCUAAUUGAUGAUUAGAAAACCCUUGUGCAAUCAUGUUCACACAUCUGAAAACAGUUGAGCUCGUUACAGAAGCUACAAAACUGACCUUCCUUUGAUCAGAUUGAGUUUCUGGAGCAUCACAUUUGUGGGGUCAAUUAAACGCUCAAAAUGGCCAGAAAAAGAGAACUUUCAUCUGAACCUCGACAGUCUAUUCUUGUUCUUAGAAAUGAAGGCUAUUCCACAAAAUUGUUUGGGUAACCCCAAACUUUUGAACGGUAGUGUAAAUCGUAAAUAAAAACAGAAUACAAUGAUUUGCAAAUCCUUUUCAACUUAUAUUCAAUUGAAUUCACUGCAAAGACAAGAUAUUUAAUGUUCAAAUUGAGAAAAUAUAAUUUAAUGGCAGCAACACAUUGCAAAGGGCAUUUUUACCACUGUGUUACAUGGCCUUUCCUUUUAACAACACUCAGUAAACGUUUGGGAACUGAGGAGAGCCAUUUUUGAAGCUUUUCAGGUGGAAUUCUUUCCCAUUCUUGCUUGAUGUACAGCUUAAGUUGUUCAACAGUCCGGGGUCUCCGUUGUCGUA